AUAAAAUAAUUAUAAGAAGAAAAAUAAAAGAGAGAAAAAUUAAUACAAAGUUAAAAUAUAAUAAUAAAUUUAUCUUAAGAUAAAGCAAAAUAAAAUAUAAAAAAAAAAAUUGAACUUUUUGUCAAACAAAAUUUGAAAUUUUAAUUUACACAUUAACCCAUGUAAAAGAAUGGCAGCGGCAGUAUAUUUGAAUAUAAAUAUGAUUAAUUUAUUUAGUUUAUUCAUUUUCCAAUUCGAAAAUUGAAAAGGAGAUCGAAACGGUAUGCUAACGGGAAUCUGAGAAAGAAGAGAAGAUAAGAAGAAAAAUUACCUCUUUAUCUUCCGGUACGCACUACAUAAUCGCUUGCUGUACAUAAUAGUACUAAGCAAGCCCUAGAUUUGGAGGUUUUAGGGGGUGGAGGCGGCGGCGGUGGCUGUUAAUUUUGAUGGGUGCUCAACUGGCAGCACCACCACCAGCAGCGACUAUUGGGUGUUUGCUGAAUUAGGGUUUUUUGUGUAGACCUUACUUAGAUUCGAAGGAUAAAACCACAAAAAAAAAGGGAAAGAUAUGGAUGGUGGGCGGAGAUUAGCGGUUAGCCCAAGGCCUUGUAGCGGAAGGAGAAUAGUCGCAUCGAAGAAAAGAGGGAGAGCCGAUGGGUUUGUUAAUAGCGUCAAGAAGCUUCAACGAAGAGAAAUUUGUUCAAAGCGACACCGUGCUUUCUCCAUCACCGACGCCCAGGAGCGUUUCCGUAACAUCCGCUUGCAGGAGGAAUAUGAUACUCAUGAUCCGAAAGGACAUUGUUCGAUGGUAUUACCAUUUCUGAGGAAGAGGUCAAAGAUUAUAGAGAUUGUAGCUGCACGAGACAUUGUCUUUGCUCUUGCUCAAUCUGGUGUUUGUGCAGCAUUUAGCCGAGAGACUAAUCAAAGAAUAUGCUUCCUAAAUGUCACCGCUGAUGAAGUUAUACGGAGCUUGUUUUAUAAUAAAAACAAUGACUCACUUAUCACGGUCUCAGUUUAUGCUUCUGACAAUUUCAGCUCCUUGAAAUGUAGAAGCACAAGGAUCGAAUACAUACGGAGAGGUCAACCUGAUGCUGGCUUUGCUCUUUUUGAAUCUGAGUCACUGAAGUGGCCAGGUUUUGUUGAGUUUGAUGAUGUAAAUGGGAAGGUUCUUACAUAUUCUGCACAGGAUAGCAUAUACAAGGUGUUUGACCUAAAGAAUUAUACAAUGUUAUACUCCAUAUCAGAUAGAAAUGUUCAAGAGAUUAAGAUCAGUCCAGGGAUCAUGUUAUUGAUUUUCACUAAAGUUGGCGGCCAUGUUCCUCUUAAGAUUCUUUCAAUAGAGGAUGGUACUGUUCUCAAAUCUUUUAGUCAUCUUCUUCACCGGAAUAAGAAAGUGGAUUUCAUCGAACAGUUCAAUGAAAAGCUUCUUGUGAAGCAGGAAAAUGAAAACCUCCAGAUUCUCGAUGUACGCAAUGCUGAGCUAACAGAAGUUCCGAAAGAUGAAUUCAUGACCCCAUCAGCAUUUAUAUUUCUGUACGAGAACCAGUUAUUCCUUACAUUUAGAAAUCGGACAGUGGCCGUGUGGAACUUCCGUGGAGAACUUGUAACUUCAUUUGAAGAUCACCUUUUAUGGCAUCCUGACUGCAACACUAAUAAUAUAUACAUCACAAGUGAUCAAGAUCUUAUUAUCUCUUACUGCAAGGCUGAUUCUGAUGAUCCAUUGUCUGAAGGAAAUGGUUCGUAUUUUCUUAAAUUUGUUUCACCAUUAUGCGUGCAUACAAUGAAUUUGUUUGACAUUCCUCGUGUGACAGGCUCCAUUAAUAUCAGCAAUAUAUUGACCGGGAAAUGUCUCGCGAAAAUACGAGCAAGCAACAGUUUCCCAGUGGAAGAACAAUGCAGCUGCAGUGACAAAUGUGGUUGCAGUUCAAAAACGCAGAGCAACGCGUCGAGAAUUAGAAGCAGGGUCGCAGAAGCAUUGGAAGAUAUAACUGCACUUUUCUAUGACGAAGAACGCAACGAGAUAUAUACGGGUAAUAGGUACGGUCUAGUUCAUGUGUGGUCUAACUAAGGGUUUGAUUUUGGUUAGGAUGUUAUGUAAUAUUAGUUGAGUGGUUUGUGAAUUGGGGCAUUGUGAUUCGCAUGGAACUGUACCAUUAUUAACUAUUAUUUGUAUCGAAAAUUCAUUUAGUUUCUGCUCUAAAUGAUAUUAUUAUUAGGCUUUAUUCACAA